AUGGCUUCGGUCCCGCAGAGGACGCUGAAUUGGUUGUACAGUGUUCUGAUCAGGGACCACUACGACCCCAGACAAACAUACCAGGACCCCAACCGCACCUACUACGAUGUCGCAAACGUCCUGGCCAAAUUUCCCACCCUCGCCCCUGAAACCGCUGUCUACACCUACGAGACCGGAUUCUCUGCGCUCCUUCUGCAACUGUCAGGAACAUUACCCGUCAACUAUCGCGGCACCGUUUUCAAAUUUCCUGUCGCAUUAUGGAUCCCGAAUACCUACCCCCGCGAGCCACCGAUUGUCUAUGUGAGGCCGACGGAGUAUAUGACGGUUCGAGUAGGCCAGCAUGUGACGUUGGAGGGGAGGGUCUAUCACCAUUAUCUAGCGCAUUGGGUUGGGGCUUGGGAACGCUCAUCUAUCCUUGAUCUCUUGUCGAUUUUACAGGACGUCUUCGCGAAGGAACCACCCGUGAAAUACAAGCAGCCGCAACCUAUACCGCAACAACCGCACCAGGCGCACCAGGUCCAGGCACCCCCUCCGCGUCCUCCCCUGCCCCCGGAACUCGCAAGUUCAUCUACUCGGACGUCAGCGCCUCAAUCGCCUGCAAUUCAAUCCCCUCAACUUGCUUCCCCAGUACCACCACCUCCCCCUCCUAAGCCGGGCCAGCUACCAAGCGCUACGGAUACACCGCAACAGAGCGCUCAGGUGCAACAUCACAACACUCCGCCGCCGCUACCUCCAUUACCACCGAAGGAACAGGGCCAUCGACAGCCUAUAUCUCAGGUUCACGGCGCUAUCGGGAGCCCACAGAACAGGACUUCCCAGUACCUACCUCAUCAAGGCAAUGUCCCUGGAGGACCACAUCCUCCGCAAGCGCAAGUACCACCUUUCCAACAUACACAGCAACAUAACGCUCCGCCUCCGGGUCCCGCAUAUGCUCCAGGCCCUGGUUACUAUCAAGGCCCGAACGGAACACGCGAUAUCGCUCCACCUAAUCAGCCUCCUCAACUCCAAGGGCCACAGGUGCUUCCUCGCCCGACAUAUCACCAACAGCCACCCCCAGCUCCGCAAGUACAGCCCCAUCCACCUCAUCAGGGCCCACCUCAAACCGUUCCAGCCAGCCAGCAACCACCCCUGCAGCCAAAGCCCACAGCAGAAGAUCUAUUAACAUCCCCCUUCGAGCUCGACCUCCCUUCCUUCACACCCACGGGCCCCGCACCACCCAUCCCCCCAAACCCAGAAAAGGACGCUCUCCUCCAAGCCGUCUCCAAAGCCCUCACCGAAACCCUCCAAGCAAACAUCGCCCACUCUGAAUCUGCAGCCCACUCCCUAACCUCUCAAUCGCACUCUCUCCACGCCGCAAUCACAACCCUCCAAGGCGAGAUCUCCUCCCUAAACACCCUCAACUCAACCCUCGAAUCCAACACUUCCGUCCUCCAACAAUCCCUCCACCGCGCCGACGCCGUCAUAGCAGACGCCCAGACCCGCGUCUCCUCAGCCCAGCCGUCCUCAAGCUCAGACCCUGCCUCCACCGGCCUCCCCGCAAUCGAUGAAAUCCUCGUCGCCCCGACAGUCGUGGGCAAACAGCUCUACGAUCUCGUCGCCGAAGAACGAGGCAUUCAGCAGGCUAUCUACGCCCUCCAAGCUGCCCUCGUUAAGGGCAUCAUCGGCGUCGAGACCUGGUCGCGCCAUACCCGUGGUCUAGCUCGUGAGGCAUUCAUGAAGCGCGCACUGAUCAGGAAGAUUGGCAAAGGGAUGGGGCUGGAGGAGUAUUAG